AAAUACUCCAAUAGCCGCCUUGGACAGACCGGUUCUUUUUCCGCCCUACGGGAUAGCUUGUUGGAGGAAGUGAAGUCUGUCAAACAUGAGUUUCCAUUACGGCCAGGGCUAUCCAGGAGGAAACCCACCACCAAGGGCUCCGUAUGGUGGCGGUAUGGGUGGUCCCCAUGGUGCUCCUCCCUCAGCUCCAUAUGGAGGUACUGCAGGUCCUUAUGGGAGUUAUGGAGCCCCAGCUCAUGGUGGUCAAUACAUGCCCGGACCUGCCGGUGCCCCUGGUGGGCCUUAUGGAGGUUAUGGAGGUCAUCCUCAUGGUGGACCUAAUGGACACUUUGCUCCUCCAGGUAACGUUCCUCCUGGUGUUAACCCAGAAGCGUACCAGUGGUUCCAAACUGUUGACACGGACCAAAGCGGCUUCAUCAACUUUAAGGAGCUGAAACAGGCGCUAGUCAACUCAAACUGGUCCACUUUUAACGAUGAGACUUGCCUCAUGAUGAUCAAUAUGUUUGACAAGACAAGAUCAGGUCGGAUAGACUUGUUUGGCUUCUCUGCUCUGUGGGACUACAUGCAGCAGUGGAGAAGGUUGUUUCAGCAGUAUGACAGAGACCGCUCAGGAGCUAUUAGUGGCAUGGAGCUACAUCAAGCCUUAGCUCAGAUGGGCUAUAAUCUCAGCCCCCAGUUUUCUGAGAAGCUGGUUCAGCAAUUCAGCAUGAGAGGAGGGCGGGCCGGCCUGCAGCUGGACCACUUCAUCCAGGUGUGCACACAGCUCCAGAGCAUGACGCAGACGUUCAGGGAGAGAGACACUGGCAUGACGGGCAACAUCCGCCUCAGUUAUGAGGACUUCCUCUCUGGUGCCAUCACAAGGCUCAUGUGAGCCUCACUUUACCAGCAGCCCCUCUGCACUGUAUAUGCACAGCAUCAUUCCAUGUUCAGGUUAUAAUUUGUUAGCCUUCAGCGCUUUGCCGUAAGUGCCCCUACAUGCUGCACCACAUACGGAUUAGCAGCAGCCAGUACACACAGUUCUAAGGCCAGUUGCUGUGAGUGGUGAAAGCUUAGCACUGUGCACCUGAAUAGUCAUAACAGAAGCUUUCGGUUGUUAACUUUUGCCAGCAUGCAGGCUGCAAGUGACUGUGGCUUUCUGUCACCAUAUGCUGUCUUUCUAAACAGUCACAAUUUGACCAAAUAUGCCUUGUUAGGAGUGCUAGUUAACACAGCUCAUGUUAACUAGAACCAGUACAUGAUGUUAUGAGUGAUUAAACUACAAUCAAAGAAAAUUGCACUUAAAAUAAACAUGAUGGGUGACAGAAUAAGAAAUAAAUAAAGCCCAAGAGCUGCUCCUCUGUUACAGUCAUCAGUGUGAACUAUAAAUUCAGGCUAAUUUGCUCACAUGCAGGAUAAACAUACUCUUUUGCCAUUAAAACUGUUGAACUUUAUAUUAAAAUAAUAUUAUUACCAGGCUGUUGAAGUUCAAUUUACAGUAUAUUAAGAAAUAGUUAUAUAAUGUUUUUAUUUCUUUUUCUUUCUCCUAAUUGCACUCAAAUCCCAGAUUUAAAAAAAAAAAAAUGUGACUAAGGGAGAAAUGAAAUUGUGCCUCAUUAUGUUUCUACUUCCAAUCCAAUUAAAUGGGAUCAUCAGUAUUGUUUCCUCCUGGGGUUGAUGGAUGAUACGUUCCACUAAGGUGUGUGUAUUCUGAUAUCAUUGAACAUGCCAAAUGGUUUGUAAUGCAGAAAUCAAAUAAACUAUUUGUAUUCA